AUGACCACAACUUACGGCACGAUUCCUGCAACGCCGCCAUCCGAUGACCGUCGAUGGAUCCGGUCGGGUGUCGGGACCCGCCGCCCAUGGUCGGAACUCGUGGCUCUGCCAUUCUCCUUCCCGGACAACCUUAAAACCGCCGCCCGCCGCCUUAGGGCCAACGCCUCGUAUUUCCAUGUCAACUACGCCAUAAUCGUCCUCUUCACGAUUUUCCUUAGUCUACUAUGGCACCCUUUAGCCCUCAUACUCUACGUCAUAAUCAUGGUCGCGUGGCUCUUUCUCUACUUCUUACGGGACGCCCCGGUUGUCUUAUGUGGCUACGGCGUGGAGGAGCGCUUGGUGUUGGCGGCGCUUUCGGUUUCGACGGUGGCUCUUCUGCUCACGACCCGAGCGGUGGUGUUUCUUGUUGGAGUGGUGGCCGGUUUGGCAGUGGUGGGGGCCCACUCGGUGCUUAGGAGGGCAUCUGGAGAUUUGGGUUUCGAUGUGGAGGGUGGUGGCACGGUGGUGGUGGAUUUGAAGGAGACGAGCUCAGCUUCGUAUUCGUCGGCAUCUUUAUAG